GAAAAGGGACCUCUCUCAGUAGACUGUGACUCAGAGCUGCAGGGUGUACCAGGCAGGUGGACCCGGUCCCCAUCACCUCUCACCUCUGCAACAGGGACAGAGCUUGUAGUACCCAGAUGCUCCUGGGGGGGGGCAAAGCAGGCUCCCAUGCCCCCUGCCUACCUCCCCCAGGAUGAAACCUCCCAUUGCCCUGGCUUGCCUUUGCCUCCUGGUGCCCCUGGCUGGCGGGAACCUGGUCCAGUUUGGAGUGAUGAUUGAGAGAAUGACAGGAAAGCCCGCACUGCAGUACAAUAACUACGGCUGCUAUUGUGGCGUCGGUGGCUCCCACUGGCCGGUGGAUGAGACGGAUUGGUGUUGCCAUGCCCAUGACUGCUGCUAUGGCCGCCUGGAGAAGCUGGGCUGUGACCCCAAGCUGGAAAAGUACCUCUUCUCUAUCACUCGGGACAACAUCUUCUGUGCUGGUAGAACGGCUUGCCAGCGGCAUACCUGCGAAUGUGACAAGAGAGCCGCUCUCUGCUUUCGCCACAACCUGAGCACUUACAACUGCAAGUAUGCCCACUACCCCAACAAGCUGUGUACUGGGCCCACCCCACCCUGCUGAGGGCCCUGCUCGGCUCCAUAGCCACCCCAGGCUGCUGCAGUCUCAGGCCUGGAGAUGCUCAGAAUCCAGAUUCCUCUCCUGUAAACUCAUUCCGCCCCUCCAGAGAUCAUGAGCCCUGCUCUCUGGCCUCCAGGACCACACCUGAUCCACAGGAGCCACGGGACUCAGUGCUCACAAGAUCCACUAAGUCGCCUCUGGCAUCUCAAUACCCUCUUCUGAAUAAGAGAUUCUAUUUUCCU